AUGUCAAGCGCAGAAGAAACACUAAAACUAUCAGAUGUGAAGGCUAAAAAGCCUAAUUUACGCUAUCAAUAUGAUUCAGUCCCUUCAUUUGAAGAAAGCGAGCUCACAACCAGUCAAAUGCCAAAUUUAAUUUCAAUAGAUGAAGAUUCUGACAGUUCACUCGAACAAAGCCUGACUUCUCGGCGCAGAGAAUUUAUAUUAUAACUCCCCCCCCCCCCUCCGUGAGCGAACAAAAAAAUUUUGUUCGCUCACGGAGGGGGGUUAAUUUUUUUUUUUAAAAAAAAAUUUAUAUAUAAAUUUUCUAAAAAAUAUUUUUUUCGAAAUUUAAAAAAAUCCUAAUUUGCAAAAAUUGGGAAGCAAAUAUUAAUUUAAUUUGCAAAAUUUAUGUUUUAAAACGCAAUUUGUUUAAAAUUAAACAGAAUUAGCUCUAGAUUUCAUUAUACUAAUUAUCACUUAUAUAUCAAAAUUUUUUUCCAUUAAAAUUUUUUCUAUUAAAAAAAUUUUUGUUCACUCACGGAGGGUGGGUUUUUGGUCAAAAAAUGGCGAUUUUUCUAAUGGUUUUGUUCGCUCACGGAGGGGGGGGGGGGAGUAAGUAAGCCUGUGCAGAAUUUUAGUGCUUACGCUAUUUUUCAAAGAGCAAAGAGAAAAAUGAAGGGUUUUCGUAUGUUUACUUUAAUGCUUGAAGAUAUCAGGUUGUAUGGAACUGGGUCGCUUUUAUUUGACGCUCACAAUUCUUAUAAAAAAAAUAUUCAGCAUGUUAUGAAAAAAAAAUUAGCGUAGGUUUUUUAACUGCAGAUAAUGAGCUUUAUAUAUAUUCUAAUGAAAAAUUUAUAAUCAGUAGAAAAAAAACAAAAAUAUAGAGAAGAUUAGUUUUGAAGACUUUUGUGCUGCCAAAAAAUAUGUGGAAGAAAAAGUUGAAACUGAGGCAAUAAAAGUUAGAUACACUGUUUUUCUUCCAGAUUCCAUAAUCUUAUCUAUAUGAAACACUAUUAUUUUGUUUUUUUUAGGGUAUACUUUAAUUAUCAUGCCUUGGCUCAUAUCGUUUACUGAUAAUCUAAACGGAGAAGGGUUUUGAUAUUAUUUCGACACUACAGUCGCUAUUGGAUUCGGAUUAGAUAUUUUAGUGAUAUUUAACACAGCCUAUACAAAUAAAGACGGAAAAGUUAUUUAUUCAAGAAAAUCAAUAGCCUUAAAUUACAUAAGAGGUACUUUUAUUAUCGAUUGUGUUUCUGUGUUUCCUUUUACUUUAUUACCAGCAUCUGAAAAUAAUUCAAGCUCUUUAGUUCGUCUUUUAAGAAUGGCAAGAUUAACAAGAAUAGUAAGAGCUAGUCGAAUAGUAAAAAUCCUCGAUACAUUUUUAAAGUCAGACAAAGUUGGCUUGUUUUUUACAUCUCACCAAGGAGUUGCAAGGCUGUUUUCAGGUAUAGCGAUCAUAGCAAUAUUAGUCCAUCUAUGUGCGUGCAUGUGAUAUUAUUCAGCUAAAUUGGAUAAUUUUAAUCCGGAUACAUGGGUUGUAGUUAGUAAGAUGGUAGAUGAAUCCAGCGGAUAUUUAUAUUUAGCUAGCAUGUACUGGGCUGUAACUGUUUUGACCACAGUAGGAUUUGGAGAUAUCCAUGCAACGACAGAAGCUGAAAUGAUAAUUUCUAUAAUAUGGAUGAUUUUUGGGAUAGGAUUUUAUUCAUUUGUAGUUGGUUCUCUAUCUUCAGUCCUUAGCUCUAUGGAUGAAAAAAAAAUCCUUACUCCCCCCCCCCCCCCUCCGUGAGCGAACAAAAAAAUUUUGUUCGCUCACGGAGGGGGGUUAAUUUUUUUUUUUAAAAAAAAAAUUUUAUAUAUAAAAUUUUAUAAAAAAUAUUUUUUUCGAAAUUUAAAAAAAUCCUAAUUUGCAAAAAUUGGGAAGCAAAUAUUAAUUUAAUUUGCAAAAUUUAUGUUUUAAAAACGCAAUUUGUUUAAAAUUAAACAGAAUUAGCUCUAGAUUUCAUUAUACUAAUUAUCACUUAUAUAUCCAAAUUUUUUUCCUUAAUAAAUGCCAAAAUGCAAUUAAUUGAUCUAUUUUCAAAAGACACAAUGCUUCCUCCAAAUCUAACCCUUGAAAUAGGAAAAAAGAUAAAAAUCCAUUUAGAAACCUUAACAUUAGACGACAAUGAAAGAUCUAAUAUCAUUUCUGACCUUCCCAAAACUUUACGAUAUGACAUUGGAAUGUCAAUGUUCCAAUGUGCAGCUCAAAAAAUUAAUUUUUUUUCUAAUAAAGAAGUAGCAUUUUUAGCUGAUAUUCUCCCACGUCUAAAGCACACCAUUAUCAAACCAAAACAAUUUUUAUAUAAAAAAGGUGAUUAUGCAGAUGAAGCCUAUUUCAUUGUUGAUGGAAGAGUUGGCUUUGUAUACGGCCGAAACAACCUCGUAUUUAAAAAUAUGAUAUCUGGGUCAUAUUUUGGAGAAAUCGAGCUUAUAGAGCAAUCCCCACGUGAGUUCUCAGUCCUCUCAGAGUGAAAAACUGAGCUCCUUAUCCUUACAAAAAAUAUUUUCGACAUCAUGAUGAUUGAAUAUCCAAGAGUCGCCCAAGAACUAAAGCAAGUUUCUGAAGAAAGAAAACGAAGAAAUAACUCUUCAAAACAAGAAAUUAUUGAUCUAUUAGAAACAGUAGAGCUUAAAAAAGAAGUGAGCUUUAAUAAUAUUGCUGGACAACAAAAAAUAGAAAGGGUUGAAAGGAAAUUGGAGAGGAAAAAAACAGGGACUUCCAUUUUAAGUGAAAGUAUGGAUAAAGGACUUUCGCAAUCAUUUGGACAGGAAAAUGAGACUGAAUAUGUAGCAAUGAGAAGCCAGAUGAAAGGGGUUGAAGAUAAAUUGGAUGGGCUUGAUACAAAAUUAACUAAAAUUUUGAGCUUGGUGGAAAGAGAAAAACGGCAAAGAUCACUGAGCCCUGGAAAUAAAAAAGAAUAUUUACCACCAAUACACCCAAAAUCGAGUGUGUAUAGGACGAAUUUUACAAAAGAUGCGCAUAUUUAA